GGGGCGGCUACUCGCUGCUGCUCUUCUUCACUUCAACUUAAACUCACUCGUUUUGUCAGGAAAGAUUUGAUCAGACGACAUUUGACCGACCAGGACGAGCAGCUCGGUGUCGUGUUCGCUCCGAGGCAGGAUUUCACCGUCUGAUCUCAUUAACAGCCACUGAAGAAGAAGAAGAAGAGGAGGAAGAGGAGGAGGAAGAGGGGGAGGAGGAGCAAGAGCGCUGUUAAAGCUGAUCCACCAUCACUCGGCUGGACAUGAACUCUGCUCUACUGCUGUAGACUGAGAGACAGACAGGAGGACAGACAGGCGGACAGACAGGAGGACAGACAGAAGGACAGACAGGAGGACAGGUAGAGGGUUCGUACCUGACUGCAGGACCAGAUGGGAAACAGCGCACUGAAGUCUCACCUUGAAACCUCCCAGAAGACGGGAGUGUUUCAGCUGACGGGAAAAGGCCUGCAGGAGUUUCCAGAAGAGCUGCAGAGACUCACCGCCAACCUGAGGACGGUCGAUCUGUCCGGGAACAAGAUCGAGGUUCUUCCUGCCGCCGUCGGGAACUUCCUGCAGAUGAAGAGUCUCACGCUGAACUCCAACAAGCUGACUGAGAUCCCAGCUGAGAUCGGGAAGCUAAAGAAGCUGGAGACCCUGAGUCUGAACGGGAACCGGAUCCAGCAGCUGCCUCCGACUCUGGGCCAGCUCAAAGCCCUGCGGACCCUCAACCUGUCCGGGAACCAGAUCUCAGAGUUCCCAUCUGGACUGGGAACCCUGAGGCAGCUGGAUCUGCUGGACCUGUCUCGGAACCAGAUCCACAACGUCCCCGCAGUGGUGUCCGAGCUGCAAGCCAUCGAGAUCAACCUCAACCAGAACCAGAUCUCGGUGCUGUCGGCGGAGGUCUCUCGAUGUCCCCGUCUGAAGGUUCUCCGUCUGGAGGAGAACUGUCUGGAGCUGUCCUCCAUCCCAGUGUCCAUUCUGAACGAGUCCCAGGUGUCUCUGUUCUCAGUGGAGGGAAACCUGUUUGAGGUGAAGAAGCUCCGAGACCUGGAAGGAUACGACAAGUACAUGGAACGAUUCACAGCCACCAAGAAGAAGUUUGCCUGAAGCCCCCGAUGAUUAAUCUGGACCUGCGAGUUCACCUGGAGGCGGAGCCAGGUGAAGCUCCACCCCCUGCAACACUCAUCGCUGCUUCUUCUUCUGCUGCUAAAACCAGACUCCAGGCAGCCGGGACAGUCCUCCCACAAAGACCUAAACCUGCAGAGAGACCACAUGGGUCCACAUGGAGACAGGCAGAGACUCAAACAGGACAGAUUCAACACCACAGAAGAAGAAGGAGGCUUCAGGCUCUCUGAUGUUUCACUGUUUUCUCCUGAAUGUGUCACUGUAAAACUUUAUUGUUCGCUCAGCGGUGGACAGAAACAUUCAGCUCUCACAGCAGCUUUCAUCCAGCCGAAACAACGUCGCUGCAGACCGCUGCAAAAAUUGUACUGAAAUGAAACAAAAUAUUGCAAAAUGCGACAGGAAUGAUACAGAAACAAUGUUAGGUCAGAGCAUUCACAGAUAAUACUGCAAAAUUCUCCAGAAAUCAAAGAAACUACAUUAAUACAAUGACAUUAAACAGAAAUCAAGCCGUAUAAAGCAAAGUACUACAAAAAAAAUCAACAGAAAUCAUUUCAGAUGUUUCAAAAUUUCCCAGAAGUCAAACAGAACAUGAAAGAAAAAGUAAAGAAUGCUUAAGAAGUAACACAGAAAUCACUGUGAUUCAAAAUACCACUUGAAUAUACUUAUGAAAUCCUCAAAAAUCUAACAGAAAUCAAACAAAGUACCACUGAAAUCAAAUUACAAUAUUUCAAAAUUGUCCAGAAAUCAAACAAAAAUGCUCAAAAAAUCUAACAAAAAUACUCCAGAUAUCAGAUACGAUACAGCAAAAUACCAUCAAAUCUUACCUGAAAUCAAAUUAAUAUAUUUCAAAAUACUCCAGAUAUGCAAUAUUUUUGAUAUGAUGGUAAAAAUCUGAUUUGAGGAAACAUUUUAAGUGAUUCCUUAAUUAAGUGAAACCCAGUGAUGUUUGUUCCAGUGACUUCUGUCUUCCAGCCUCACUGAGCUUUUUAUUCACCACGAGCUGAACUCUGCUAUUGGCGUCCAGUGAUUAAUCCGUUAACACGUCUUUUAAUAACUAUUUAGAUGUUAUUUAUCUUUUUCAGAUUUGCACGAGAGUCAGACAGCAGCAUGUGAGCUGUAAAUUCAUGUUCUGCUUCCUUGGGCUGAUUAUUGAUCUUUAAUUAUUACUAACUGUCAAACCUACAAACAAGCAUUAUAAUCUGAACUGUUUUAAUGUGUCGAAAGCAGGAAAAAAAACAGAAACAAUGCAGAAGAUUAUUUUUUAAAUUCUCAUCUAACAGCGUUUAAACACAACAGCGACACGACGACUAUGCUAAGCUAGGCUAGUUAACACUUAGCAGCUAGUUCUGCCUGCAACUAUGUUUUUAAAUGUUCUGAUUUCAGAUUUAGCUUCUGUUGUAUUUAUGUAAAUAAACCCAUCUGGACAAAGUGGCUAAGCUAAGCUAACAGCUAGCCUCAGCUAGCCCAGUGCUAUGCAGCACGGUUUAAUGCUGUUGAGACGUUUUCCUGCAGUUCAUUUGUUUAUUUGAAGGUUUCUCAGUUUUUCUCAGUGUUUCUGUCUUUCUGUUUCUGACAAACUGAACUGAUGUUUUUGAAUGAAGGCUGGUGGACUGAAGAAACUCUCCUCCCUCAGGUUGAUGGAAACUCGUCUCAAGUGUCUUUUAUUCCUCUUUAAAAAGCGACUUUGUGUGAGUUAGUGACAUACAUUUAAAGGAGCAGUUCACCCAGUUUCCUCCCUGCUGCUUUGAAGGAUUCAUUCACGUUUUUCAUCUGUUUCAUGUUUUUCUUGUUUUUUCUGCCACUUUAAAUGCUGUAAAUGUUGCACAGAGUUCAGUUUGUAGAUGAAGGAUCAGAACUCUUUUUUUUCUGUCAUUAAACACUAACUCUGCAGGUUGAAAUGUUGAUAUGUGGAGCUUUGUCUUUAUUUCAUUCUGCUUAAAUAAAGGUUGGGGUCAAUGUCCUGCUGAUGAGCUUUAACGGAUGUUAAACAAGA